UAAUAAGCUUUGUUCAGAAGAUAUAAAAGCAUUUGCAAAGGCUCUUGGUAAAAACAAUAUAUUAACUUUUUUAGAACUUAACAAUCGGAUUGCUAUUGAAGAAGGAAAAGCACUAGCAAGAGCAAUAGCUUUUUGUAUCAUGGUAAUUGAAUUAUUUAACAAUCAACAGCAUGAGGAUAUAGGAUUUGAAAUGAAGCCUUCGAUUGAG